AUGACCUUGAAAAAUCGAAGCUUCGUUUUCGACAGGAAAUUCGAAAAUGUGAGCGCGAAGGAGAGUAAAAUCUCCGACUGCGAAAAAAUGAAGGAAAAAUGCGACGAGCGCGACCAAAAAAAGUUGACCUGGAAGAAGGUCAACUAUUUUGCGCCCGAGACCUUCAAUGCGAUCAAGCAGAACAUGCAAACGGCGACGCAGGCUGCUGGAGCAGACAUGCAGAAUAUCGGCAUGAGCGUCGACAAAAACAUGGUCAAAACGCCUGCACGAGUUCUUCAUGCUCCAGAUAUGCAUUACGGCGAUGGGAAGCAACAUCCAAACAAUGGAACGUGA